AUGACUCUGAAUCAUAGAUCUUCGUUGAGGAUGUUGUAAAAAAUCAAAUAUGUAAAUCUCCAAAUUAAUUUAGAAAUUUCAACUGGAUUAUUAAACACAAUCAAGAAGGUGAAGAAUAAAUUUCAUUGUCCGUUAAAUGCAUAAGUCAUAAUAAGUGUUUUAGAUUAGAGUACUAAGAAUGAUCUAUUGACAUUCCAAAUGAUGGAAUAAUCUGAGGAACAGAUUCAGCAAUUUAUUCAUGGAGAUUGCGACACUAAUGCAUUAACAAACUUAGACUCUUUCUAUUUAUAAAGAAAACUGAGAAAUAUGAUACUGAAUGGCAUCGAAAUGAGAUAUGAAAAGAUACUCAUCGGCAGAUAUUAGAAUUAAUAAAGAAUGAUUGAUCCAGAACAUUCUGAUCUUGUGUAAUCAACUAUUCUUGAAGCUCCAUAACAUCUUAUUUCUUCUUCUUAACAAUCUCAAUAAUCUCAAUAAUCUUCGGAAUACUAACUGCUUCAAAAACAAAAGCUAAUCAGUCUCAAAUAGCAGGGCAGAAGCAGAAAUUUAUAAAGAGAUAGUUUGACUGUUAUCGUCAAACCUAAACUCAAUUCCAAACAUACUAUCAAUUCCCCUGAUGUAACCAAUGUCCAUAGCAAACCCACAUCUUAAUAUACAAAUCAAUUAACUUACAAUGUCUUCUCAAGCUUCAACAUAAUAUCUUACAAAGCCUACCAAUCAAUCAUAAUAAUCUGUCAAAGUCUCAAGCGUGUAAAAUCUAGAGGAAAAUUUGUCCCAAUUGGAGAUAAGUCCACAAUCAUCCUUGAAGUCGAUAAAAUCUAAAUCCGCCAUGGAUUCCUCACAUAUUAUAUCUUAGACUAAUCCUCCUAAGAUGUAGAAAAGUCAAAAAAUCAAAGAUUUAGUCAAAGUGUCUCAAGAAAAAUUGACCCUUCCUCAUUAGCAAAUUUAAUAAAAGGAGGAAUUAAUUCCUUCCAAAUAAUAAUAAAAGUCAUUUAAUGGUUCAUUGCUUUAAUAACCCAUUAUGGAAAAUAAAUUUAGUCUUUGAGUAUGUUUUCCUAUUCAUUACGAAUGAGAAACCAAGCUUUAGGCCAUAACAGAAGAUAAAACCUCGAUCAAUUCAAAAUAUUAGAAUAACUUAUUUAUGAUAAUGAUUUUCAAGAAUUCUCUGAACAUCUGUAAUAGGUGCCACAAAUGUAUAUAGACCGAAGAUUAGAGAACAAUGACACUUUAUUGAUUUUGGCUUCCAAAAGUGGAUGUAAAGAUAUGGUUAAAGAACUAAUUAAGAUGGGAGCAGACAUUAACAUUUAAAAUCAGGAUGAUGGAAAUACGGCUGUCCAUGUAGCUCUAUCAUAUGGCCAUUAUAAAAUUGCAGACAUACUCAUUAGAGCAGGAGCCAACACUAAUAUUCUAAAUAAUAUUGGUAAAAAUGCUUGGAGUAUAUUAUGA